AUGCUCACCAUUCUCAACAGCUUGAAUGGUAAGGAAGUAGAUGGUAUGAAGUGGGUGGCUCGACCAGCACCAGUUAUACCUCCUGAGAUGAUAAAGGUUCUGUGGGAAGAUCCUCAAGGAAAGAGAUAUGUGAAAGAUUUGAUUCAGAGUUUGGUAAAGGAGAUUGAGCAGCCUUUAGAUGUAAAUCAUUUAACUCGUAGCCACGCACUUGUCACUGAUUUAGUACUAUAG